UAUCUCACGUGUAAGGGUGUCAUUAUGUAACUUGAGCAAUCAUAGUUAUUGUCCAAGUGGUUUUGACACAAAUAGAGGACCAAUGCCAGAUGGAGUGAGAUAAGGCAGAAAUGGACCUCUCCUAUGGUAUCCCGUUUGGAAAGAGGUCUGAGACUGUGAAGAGACCUGGAGACUCUUCAGCUGAAGAGCAGGAGGUGCUGAUGGGGGCACCGCCCGAAGCCAUGCCUGUAGCCACACCCCAACCAGCACAGCAGAGCUAUCCCGCUUUCAUGGUUGGUCUUGCCAAAAGACAAGGCCCGAAUGUCGAAGAGGAACCUGUGCAGGACGUCAUCCAUGGAAUGAAAAGGAGAAAGGGAGACAGUUUUGACUUUGAAAAUAUUUAUCCUCCUCUAUCAUGUGAUCAUCUGCCGCAUCCAAGUAAGCUGAGAAAGGUCCAGCAUAAGAAAACUGUAAAGAAGAGUCACAUUGAAGAGAAACACAUGUGUAUUGACUAUCAUCUGCGUCAACUAAGACAAAGGACCAAGAAAUACCAACUUUGCAAAGAACAGACAUCCUCUCCCAUGAAAAACACAGAUGAAACUCAGGUCCAGGAGCCAGAUGUGGAUCUGAAUGUUGAAGUUGAAAAUAGACACUCCACACAUAACAUACCAUGCUGGACACCUUUUUCAGUGUCUGAGAAUCUUCCACAUCUCAAUCUACCAAACUUCCACAGAAAACAAAGCACAUCUUUCCAGCAACUCUACCCUACUGGCAGGGUCUUGCUGGGAUCAGCAUCUGUGGAACAGUUGCAAGAGGAGGAGAGAUGGUUUCGCAAACUCUGGAAACCAAAAAACACUUCAAAACCUACUGAAGAAUGACUUCAAAGACUUCUUCAUUUUGAGCAUAAGACUCCAGUAUAUGUCAGAAACGGGUCCCUGUAGAUGGAGAAACGGUUUUCUUGAGCUUGACACAUCACUAUGAUGAUGGACUUCUGGUACUGGUAGCAUCAGCACCAUCAUCUAAUAUCAGCAUUCAGCUUAAGAAAUGAUAUAACUACAUAUAUUUUCAAUGGACCCCCAAAACUUGACUGAAGAGGAUAUCCACGAUCUGUUUUCUCAAGAUUAUGUAGCUUUCAUAGCAAAUUGAACAGCUGUAACGAAAGAUAGGAAGCAUUAUUAUUUGUUGUGAUGAAUAAAAACAUAUUGCAAUGGC